UCCCGCCGUGUCUGCGGUAGGACACUGACAUGCGCCGCGCGGUGAUCCAGAACCUGCGCACAUUUCGACGCCCAUUGCCUCGUCAAGCGCUCAAGAAACCACGCAUCAACGGCCCUCACAAUGCCAUCUUCCAGCGAACGAUAGCCUCUCGGACUCCGCAGCCCCUACAGUCGUCGAUGCGCUUGUCGAGGAGAGUGUCCAUACCUGUGGCGCUGGGCGUCGGCGCGGCAGCUCUAUACUACGGCUAUGAACAGCGGACUGCACAGUCGACUUCACCCGCGUUUGCGCCAGAUGUGUCGCCCGUCUCACAAGCUUUGAGCGGAGGCCAGGGUCGAAGCUACUCCACCGCGACCACACCCGUAUCGCCGACUCAUAAUCCGUCUACUCUUCCCGCAGUGCCAGAGGCCGUACCAGAGUCUGUCAGAAAGGCGCUUAUUGUUGAGCAGGGUCAGCUGUUCACGGCGCAAAUUCCCGCAGACCAGCCUAUCAGCAAAGAAACGGACUAUUCUGGGCGGAAAGUGCUAGAGAUGCUCACUCCGGAGCAGGCCUCUGCCAAGCUGAGGACGAAUGAGGAGAGUUAUCUCGUUGGCAGAGGGGAGGGCGUGGUACGGUACGAUGUCGUGCAGAUUCCCAGCAACGACCCGAUCGAGGACGAUCACAUCGAGAAGAUUGUCGAAGUACCCAGCACUACAGCAGCAGCGGGCGAUGGUAAAAUGAGCUCAGAUUGGAUGUUCUGGGGAGUCUUUGACGGUCAUUCUGGUUGGACAACCUCCGCAAAGCUGCGACAAACACUCGUAUCAUACGUGGCACGGGAGCUGAACUCCACAUACAAGACCGCAUUACAAGACCCCAAAAUUACUACGCCAUCCGCCGAUGCUGUCGAUGCCGCUAUCAAGACAGGCUUCACAAAGCUUGACCACGAGAUCGUGCACGAAUCAGUCGCAAAAGUUCUCAAGGCACAGUCAAAAGUGGUGGCCGCAGAAAUGCUUGCGCCAGCUCUCUCUGGCUCUUGCGCUUUACUCUCGUUCUACGAUUCUCGAUCGAAGGAGCUUCGGGUAGCGUGUACUGGAGACAGUCGCGCAGUCCUGGGUCGAAGAGGUAGCAGUGGAAAAUGGACAGCCACCGCGCUCUCCGUCGACCAAACAGGCGCUACGCCUUCGGAAGAUGCACGUCUGCGAGCUGAACAUCCUGGCGAGCCACAUGUCACUAUGAAUGGACGCAUCCUUGGCGGCCUUGAGCCAAGCAGAGCCUUCGGUGAUGCCAUCUACAAAUGGAGUGCCGAGACUCAGGAGAAGAUGAAGAGGAACUUCUUUGGUCGAAACGCCAGCAAGUACCUGAAAACACCACCUUACGUCACUGCUGAACCAGUUGUGACCCGAACACAAAUUGAGCCCGCAAAUGGUGACUUCUUGGUCAUGGCCACAGAUGGCUUGUGGGAAAUGCUCACAAACGAAGAAGUUGUCGGCCUCGUAGGGCAGUGGCUCGAGACACAGGCUUCCGACUCCAAAGCCCGCUCCACUGGAUGGCUUACCUCGUGGUUCAACAGCAGCCAGAAAGCCUCAUCUUUGCCGAUCGAACAUCAUGACCAGGGCGAUGGCUCGGGCCAGAGAGCUCCCAUCAGACAGCAGCAGUGGGGUGUACCGUCUGGCCAAGACCAGAGAUUCGUCACCGAAGACAAGAACGCAGCUACGCAUCUUGUCAGGAACGCGCUAGGCGGUAAGGACCAAGACAUGUUGAGCGCAUUGCUCACAUUACCAAGCCCAUACAGCAGAAGAUACCGCGACGAUCUGACCGUGCAAGUCAUCUUCUUCGGCGAAGGACAAGGUGAUGGCAGAGUAGAGCUCAACAAGGAAGCAAGUGCUACUGCUGCUCAUGGGAACGGAGCAAAAGCCAAGCUCUGAGGUUUUUUUUCGCGAAUAGAGUGGCUUCUCAACUCGACAUUCCACGAGACAAAUUUGAGACGGCGUUCGAGAUGGUUGCAUACAACAUGAGUUAUAUACCCUUUCUCUCCUUGUUUUCUCUUCUCGCGCAAAGUAAAAGGCGCUGAGAGGCAUCGCAUAGCGAAUGGCGUAUCAUCGUGUAGAGUAUUCGGAAGAGAAGCAUUCCCAUCCACUUCCCAGAGAAUAGAAGUGUCGGUAUUCUUUUUCUUUCG